AUGGCCGAGUCAACACAAAAUGAGAAACUCAUAGUCUCAUAUCUAUGUAUCUUCUUUUCUAUUUAUUCUUCUCGUUUUACCCUAAUUUGUUUUUUCACUUUAUUCCUCUUCUCCUCCCUACCUUCAACAUGUAUCAAUGGCGAUUUAGGACUUAAUCAACCAAAAAAGGUAAUUGACGUGAAGCUUCGAAAAGAGGAAGCAAGAGGAAAGAAAGGCAGUAAACAGAAUGAGUCAAAACAAAUAUCUAGAAAAUCCAAAGUUGUGUCUGCUUCAGAUGCCAGUGCCGAGUUACCAGCAUCAAUACAAAAACGUCAAGGGGAGAAUAACCAGACAAACAUGAGUGAAAAGUUCAAUCCUAAUGAAGAUGCAGCAAUGAAGAGUGUUAUGAUGAGGGGUUUGAAUCGGUCUCCUCCUCUAAGUAAAGAACUGAUGAUGCAACAGUCUUUUGUUCAACGUGGAUCCGCCCAGUUGACAAAGUUCUCAGACUCGGUAGCUGCUAGAGAUGCAUCAGAUUUUUCUAUAGCGAAUUAACGGUGGUUUAAUAACAAAAAGAUGGUGAUGGGUCACCACAUUUUCUGGUUAAACCCAAAGAUUUUACAAAAGAGAAAGAAUCCACCGGGUGACAGUGAAAAAACAGAGAGAAUAAACAUCUCAUGGUCAUUAACUACUGCAGGAGGAAACUUAGAUGUAAUGCUAAAAGAACAUGAAAGACACAUUCUAUUAGUUGUUUGAGUGGAUAAAAAGACUAAUAGGGACAGGCUCAAGCGUCUCUUGCUGCAAAUGACAUCAGACAAGAAUCUUUUAGGAAUAAUCAGAAGAAAAAAAACGUUUGAGGUUUCACAACUUAGGUUGAUCUUUUGGUGAGGUCUUGUGUAAAGUUGAAAGCUAAAAUUGUGAAAAGAAGAAAUCAACAGAGGCAAAGAAGAAAAAAGAACUUCAACCACCAUUAAACCCGAGAAACUUUAAUGUUAACCUUUUUGUAUUCUCAUCUGAUUUGCAAUUGUUGCUUAGAGAUUUAAUUUUGAAAAGAUAUUGAAAUUCAAGAACAUGAUUACU